AGAGAGAGAGAGAGAGAGAGAGAGAGAGAGAGAGAGAGAGAGAGAGAAAUGUGGACUGCGUUUCUGAAACCUCUUCAGAAUAUUCAUUGUCACAGACUCAUAGUUGAUGUUGUUUUGAUGUUUUUGUUGUUUACCCAUUUCUCUUGGCUGAGUUUGUCGGAGGAGCUUUCCAGUGUCACGUCACCAAACCCAGACUCUGUGACUCACCUUCAGUCUAGGUUACCGUGUUUUCAUCUGACGCAUAAGAGCGCAUGAAGGGGACAGAGCAAGAGAGGGACUCUUUUUGGAGGAUGUUGUUUUAAAAGGUCGUUUUUUCUCUCUCAUCAUUUAUCCGACUUAAAAAAUAUAUCUAUGUGAUUUAGACCAAUUUAUAGGCCUAUCAAUACCUGAGGAAAAUGAAUAUCUGAUCCUAUUCAUAUUUGUUUAAUACUUUUGUACGAUGCGCUCAAAGGAUGCUCGAGUAUUAUUUUCUUUCUUCAGACAUUUAUUGUAGCUUGUGAUAUUUUGUGAUUUAAUAACAUUCAACGGCUAUACUUUAUUUCUUACAAGUCAAAUAAUUGUGUAAAUGGAAGACAAGAUGGGAAGGUGUGUUUUAUUGCUCCAGUGCAAGACUGUUCUAAAAUAGAGGACUCUGAGCUUAACUGCUAUUGGUAAAACCAUAACAUCCUUUACGCAUCACAUGCGCGCACACACACACACACACACACACACACACACACACACACACACACUCAGAGCAACAGAGGACAUGGGGAGACAAGAGCAGCGCGCCAGCCGCCCCAAGGAGAACCUCCAGCCGCGUGAAUGACCCGCUGGCAGCAUGCGCUCCUGGCCCAACCGAACUGACUGCCUCUCUCCCAUUAACUGCAGCUGGGAGGAGAACUACUGGAACUACUACUUUAACGGGAGCUACCGGGGUCCUGUGCCCCCCGAAAACCUCUUCCCCAUCCCCGUUCUAAUGGGAAUCACUAUCACCUGUGCUCUCCUGUUCCUGGCGGGAGUGACCGGGAAUGUAAUGACUAUACUGGUCGUGUCUAAGUACAGAGACAUGAGAACAACCACUAACCUCUACUUAUGUAGCAUGGCUGUCUCAGACUUGUUGAUAUUCCUCUGUAUGCCCCCUGAUGUGUAUCGGUUAUGGAAGUACAGGCCAUGGAGAUUUGGAGAUACAUUCUGUAAACUGUUUCAGUUCGUUAGUGAGUGCUGUACUUAUUCAACAAUUUUGAAUAUAACCGCUCUGUCAGUGGAGAGGUACCUGGCCAUCUGCUUCCCACUUCGCGCCAAACGCCUGGUCACCAAGCGACGCGUCCGCGCGCUCAUCCUGUUUCUCUGGCUGGUGUCACUGCUGAGCGCGGGACCUGUCUUCGUUCUGGUGGGAGUGGAGCACGAGACUCGCCCAGCGGUGGGAAACUCUGUGACUGCUGGUGGGGCAGAAGGAGAGACAGAGAUAGACACUCGCGAGUGUAAACCCACGCAGUACGCGGUUGAGUCUGGGCUUCUUGCCGCCAUGGCGUUGGUUAGCUCUGUGUUUUUCUUCCUGCCGGUGUUUUGUUUGACUGUGGUGUACAGUUUGAUUGGACGGAGGUUGUGGAAGAGACGGAGAGAGAACAAUAUUGGAGCCAACGUAGCACACAGGGACAAGAGCAACAGACAGACCGUCAAGAUGUUAGCUGUAGUGGUCUUUGCCUUCGUCCUGUGCUGGCUGCCUUUCCACUUGCAUCGUUACCUUAUGUCCCAUUCCUCCGAGGGCUCCUCUCCUCUCUGGUCUCUCUUCACCCAGUACUGCUCCCUUGUUUCCACAGUCCUCUUCUAUCUCUCGGCUGCCAUCAACCCUGUCCUCUAUAACACAAUGUCUAGGAAGUACCGGUCAGCUGCUGCCCAACUGUUUGGUCUACAGGAGACUCAACCACCCAGAGGGAGAACGGCAAGCACUGUCAAAGGAGAGAGUUCACCUGCCUGGACAGAGUCCACUGUUAGCCUGUGACUGUAGCCAAUUUGGAGGGUGAAUGGGCACUAGAUAUACAGUAUACCUAUCUGAUUUUGAUAUGUAGAUGUUGUUAUCAACCUCUUAUUGUGUGUUUCUCAUCAGUGACCACUGCUUUCCCUGGUUGAUCCAACUCAAACAGGCACCAUUAUGGACCAUCAAGGAUUAAUUGGUCCUUAUCCAAGUGAGCACCAGUUUACGCAUAAAGUCCAUGGACUUAUUGAUUGAAAUUUGGUCGGUCGGCCCAGGACUUCCGUUGAACAUAUUAAUUAUAUUAGCUUCAAGGACUCUGAACAAGACUGUUGCUUUGAUGUCACAACCCGCCCGGCAAAGACAGACAAAGGCGUUUGAGAAGAUGUUUUAUAAAAUAUUUAUAAGCCAUUUCUGUCACCCAAAAUGAAGCACACCAUUAGCAACAAAAACUAUUAAACAGCUUUUGAAACGGACACGUAUGCAUUUUCUACAAAUCACACAUGUAACACGCACACACAAACCAAAACAGUUAUUACGCUUGCCUUAAUAUGUGAACUGUAUUCUGGAUGACAAAGUAAAGCACUGUAGACCGUGAUGCACUUCUCUGUACCCUGAGAGAGAGGGACAGAAGUGCUGUGUGUGUGUUUGUGUAUGUUGAGUGACUGGGUGUGUUGGGGGAGGUGUGUGUGUGUGUGUGUUUAUGGUAAGUGACUGUGUGUGUUGGUGUGUGUGUCUGUGUGUGUAGCUAUAGGUAACAGUGUUUUGCUAUGAUAGCAUGUGCAGUAGGCUAAUUAUACCGCCAGCCUUACUCUUUAAACAGCAGCUUAGUAACUGUUCAAUCUGAUUGGUUUUAGUCUUGGCUUAUCCUAUAAGUUCUUACAUAGGAAGGGUUAGCUAAAAUGCUAAGU